AAAUGUAUGUAAAAUGGGUUUUCAGGAUGCUUUACCACUAUCUGGAGCACAAGAGGAAGGAGAGCUCACCUCAGCUCCACGCCACCUACCUCGUGUCUGGAAAGCUGGAGGGAAAUGGUCAAACUUGUCACCACGUGUCUCUAGUCAGAGAGGACCAGUUGGAAGAUUUUAAAUCUAAGAUGAGCUUGAUCGUAAGCGUUCACGUCUACAGCGUGCAGAAAGCUUUGCUCAAAGACAGCGGCCCCCUCUACAGUGUCGACUAUGAUGCUGUCAAAGACAACCUGAAGAACUGCAGCAAAUACAGCUCCAUCCGAUGCACCAAUGCGGUGCCCAUGUCGGCUGCAGAGCUGCAGCAGUUCCAGGAUGUUCAGCGAGCUCCUCCACCCGUGCCUGAGAGCAAAACCUCUGUAACGAACGGGAACUCCAGUACGGCAUCCAAACCCUCAAGUAAACCGCAGAAAGGCAUCAUGGGAAUGUUUGCAAAUAAAUCUGCUCCCAAAAGCCAGGAUAACAGCAAAGAAGUGAAAUCUGAACAAAAAGAAGAAUCCUCCUCUGUGACAGAGGCAGUGAAAAGCAAACAAGCAUUGAAGUCUAAUCCAGUGGCCAACUUCUUUGGAACUCAGACAAAAAAACCUGACAAACCAGCGAAGAAGGAGGAGGAGGUGGUCGCAUUGGAGCAGCAGCAUCAGAGAACGGCACCAGAGGAAGAACAAGAACCUGCAGCCAUGCAAUCGCACAAGGAAACAAAGAGCGACUCUAGGAGCAAAACAAAGCGAACCGAAGUGUCUGAUAGUGAGGAGGAGAUAAUGGAGAAAAAAAAGAGACGAAGGAUCAAGAGACCAGAACCAGACAGCAGUGAUGAAGAUGUUAUUCCAGAUUCUCCUCCUCAGCUGAAAACAAAGGAGAAAAGUCCUGAAAAGGAGCCAGAGGCUGUCAGGCCUUCACAUGCGAGCUCUGAAACCAAAAUAAGGAAGAGGAGAAAAGUCCUAAAGUCUCGUACAUUUUUGGAUGAUGAAGGAUGCAUAGUGACGGAAAAAGGAUAUGUGAGCGAAUCUUACUCUGAAACAGAAGAUGACUUUCAAAGCACCAAACAAGCUCCACAUGCAAGCAUCAAAGCGAAGACGACAUCGAGCAGCAAAGAUGAUGAGAAAAAAUCUCACAAGAAAUCUUCAGCAAGUUCAAACAAAGGAACUAAACAAGCUUCCAUUAUGGGAUUUUUCCAAAAGAAAUGAGAGAAAUUUCUGCUGGACUCUUGGUUUGCCGACUUCCUAAAAAAAGAUGUUUAGCUAAACUGACCUUAGCUCAGAUUGACUUAUCGGUCUCCAGUCUUUAAACACGUCCAGUUUAGGAUGAUCGAUCUAACUAUUCACUGUAGACUCAUUUCCAAUUCAAUAAACAUGAAACUUUAAUGUGAUUGUCGUGUGAUUUGUGGUGUAAAACACGACUGUCCACCUUUGCUUUUGUUUGUAUUGCAGAAAUC